UUCAAGAUUAGUAAUGAUUACCAAUAAUAUGCUACUUAAAAUCUCCCCCUAUAUUGGAAAUGAUUUCCCCACUUAUAAGUUUAUCUUGUACUGCACCCACACCUUCAACUUUCCAAUGCUGAAGAUGAAGAGAACAGAGCUCCUUCUCUAUCUUCUCCUCAUAUGGACAAUAUGGGCAGCAUGUCAACAUGAUUAUAACUUCAUCCCCACAGCUCAAGCUAUAAAAGCAGUUACGUCCAAUAAAAGCUCACUGUUCUACACCUUGAGAUCAACAAGAAGACACAUUCUUGCUAAUUUGGGCAAGUAUGCGAAGAUUUAUAAACCGCCAUCUGGGCCAAACCCAACUGGAAAUCAUCGUCCACCAUCAAGGGCCAAACCCAACAGGAAAUCAUCGUCUACCAUCAAGCCAUGAACAGAAGAAUGAGCUAGCCGUAUAAUUGGAGGUUAGACAUAUAUGCAGUACUUAGACGAUUUCAAUUUUAGGCUAUUAUAUUUGCACAAACAGUGGGAUAUCCUUUGAGAUUGGAAUUACAUUCUCCUUUAUUUACUAAAUGGUCCAGAAGAGUGGUGUUUAUC